UCCGCCCUUCCGCCGGCGUCGUCCCGCGCCGCCGCGUCCCGGGCCCCCGCGCCGAGCGCCGCUCGCGGGAUUCCGACCCCGGAAGGGGGCGCGCCUGGGCGGCGCGGCGGGCCUCGGGCGCCCCGGGCCCCGCACGGACCAGCCGCGGCAGCAGACUCUCUUCAGGGGAAGGGUCCCCAUCCCACCUCGUCAUGUCUCGACGAAGCCAACGCCUCACGCGCUUCUCCCAGGGUGACGAUGACGGCAGCAGCAGCAGUGGAGGGAGCUCCGUGACGGGGAGCCAGAGCACCCUGUUUAAAGACAGUCCUCUCAGGACCUUGAAGAGGAAAUCCAGCAACAUGAAGCACCUCUCCCCGGUGCCACAGCUGGGGCCCUCCUCCGAUGGGCACACCUCCUACUACAGUGAGUCGGUGGUCAGGGAGUCCUACAUUGGCAGCCCCCGGGCCGCCGCCCUCGCCAGGAGCUCCAUCCUUGAUGACCAGCUGCACAGUGACCCCUACUGGAGUGAGGACCUGCGGGUGAGGAGGAGAAGAGGCACAGGUGGCACCGAGAGCAGCAAAAUCAAUGGGCUGGCCGAGAACAAGGUCUCGGAGGACUUCCUUGGGUCCUCCUCCGGCUACUCUUCUGAGGAUGACUACGCAGGAUACUCAGAGACGGACCAGCGGAGCUCAGGUUCACGGUUAAGGAACGCUGUGUCCCAGGCAGGCUCUUUUCUCUGGAUGGUGGUCACUUCUCCAGGCCGGCUCUUCGGACUCCUCUACUGGUGGAUCGGCACCACCUGGUACCGCCUGACAACGGCCGCCUCCCUCCUGGACGUCUUUGUUUUAACCAGGCGCGUCUCGUCCCUGAAGACCUUCCUGUGGUUCCUCUUGCUACUGCUGCUCCUGACUGGCCUGACCUACGGUGCUUGGUAUUUCUACCCCUACUGGCUGCGGACAUUCCACCCUGCCAUGGUUUCCUGGUGGGCAGCGAAGGGCAGCAGCAGGCAGCAUGAGGUGUGGGAGUCCAGAGACUCGUCCCCACAGUUCCAGGCUGAGCAGCGCAUUCUGUCCCGGGUACACUCUCUGGAGCGGCGCCUGGAAGCUCUUGCUGCCGAGUUUUCCUCCAACUGGCAGAAGGAGGCCAUGCGGCUGGAACGCUUGGAGCUGCGGCAAGGGGCCUCUGGGGAGGGAGGCGGCAGCAGCCUGAGCCACGAGGACACCCUGGCGCUCCUGGAGGGGCUGGUGAGCCGCCACGAGGCUGCCCUGAAGGAGGACUUCCGCAAGGACACUGCUGCUCUGAUCCAGGAAGAACUGGUCGCCCUGAGAGCAGAACACCAGCAAGACUCAGAAGACCUCUUCAAGAAGAUUGUCCAGGCUUCCCAGGAGUCUGAGGCUCGACUCCAGCAACUGAAGUCUGAAUGGCAAAGGAUGACCCAGGAGUCCUUCCGGGAGAACUCCAUGAAGGAGCUGGAGCGGCUGGAGGGCCAGCUGGCAGGCCUGCGGCAGGAGCUGGCAGCCUUGACCCUGAAGCAGAGCUCGGUGGCUGACCAAGUGGGCCUGCUGCCCCAGCAGAUCCAGGCCGUGCGGGACGAUGUGGAAUCUCAGUUCCCUGCCUGGGUCAGUCAGUUCCUUCUUCGAGGUGGGGGAACCCGCGCUGGGCUCCUUCAGCGAGAGGAGGUGCAAGCGCAGCUGCAGGAGCUGGAGAGCAAGAUCCUCGCCCACGUGGCCGAGAUGCAGGGCAAGUCAGCGAGGGAGGCCGCAGCCAGCCUGGGGCUGACGCUGCAGAAGGAGGGUGUGAUCGGGGUGACAGAGGAGCAGGUGCACCGCAUUGUAAACCAGGCCCUGAAGCGCUACAGCGAGGACCGCAUCGGGAUGGUGGACUACGCGCUGGAAUCGGGAGGGGCCAGUGUCAUCAGUACCCGAUGUUCCGAGACCUACGAGACCAAGACGGCCCUCCUCAGCCUCUUUGGCAUCCCCCUGUGGUACCAUUCCCAGUCGCCCCGAGUCAUUCUCCAGCCAGACGUGCACCCAGGCAAUUGCUGGGCCUUCCAGGGGCCCCAGGGCUUUGCUGUGGUUCGCCUGUCUGCUCGCAUCCGCCCCACUGCUGUCACCUUAGAGCAUGUGCCCAAGUCCUUGUCACCCAACAGCACCAUCUCCAGUGCCCCCAAGGACUUUGCCAUCUUUGGGUUUGAUGAAGACCUGAAGCAGGAGGGGACACUCCUUGGCCAGUUCACCUACGACCAGGAUGGGGAGCCCAUUCAGACAUUUUAUUUUCAGGAUCCUAAAAUGGCCACGUACCAGGUGGUGGAGCUGCGGAUCCUGACUAACUGGGGCCACCCCGAGUACACCUGCGUCUACCGCUUCAGGGUGCAUGGGGAGCCCGCCCACUAGGCCUUCUUUGUGCCGCUGCCAGCCGGCUGGGAGGCCAGCUCCUCUCCGCAUGCGCCGCCUUCUCUGGGAGCGGGUGAGCAGCAGCCCUGCCACCCCCUACAUGCUUGAUCAGCGCACUGACUUCCAGGAGCAAGCAGAGUGCCUGGCCCAAUGGGGAUGAGAAGGAACAUGCAGGCUUUUCUAGCAGCAGGGUGGCUCGAGGUGGACAGCAGGCUCCAGCGUCUCUUUUCAUUCUUUGUUCCCCUCAUGCCAGGCAUCGGGGUCUCCUUCCUCCUCCUGGGAGGGUGUAUAUAUGUAGCAUAUCAUGGGGGAUUGAGAGGCAGGGGGACAGGUGAUGAAUGAACAUGUCCCAUGGUGGAGGGGCUGGCACCUAGGGAGCUGCCGUUGGGAGGUGUGCGAAUGAAGCAUGUGCCAAAGCCAUGGGUAGGACAAGCUAGGGCCUGGGACAGGUGAGCUGCCCCCUCCCCAGGCAGGAAAGUGAGGCCCUCUGGGAGGAGGGUGCUCACGGUGCAGGUUGAGACUGGGACUGGGACUCCAGGCAGGAAGCUCCUGGGAGAGGGCAGCUGGGCUCUUCCAGAAAGCUAGUGCCAUCAACCUAGGGGAGCUUGGCCCACAGGGUGGUCCCUGAAAGGCUUCUAUACACUGUAUUUGUCCUAGGUCAAGGUGGGCUGUGGGGCUUCUUGUACCCUAGACGGUCUGGCUCCUGUGAGCUUGUGAGGGCUGCUACCUGUGUGGCUCUGAGGGUCCCAGGGGCCAGGGCUGUAGGAUUGCCCCCUGCUGGGGCUAGUAGUUGCUUUCUCUCUCUCCUGAUGAUGGGAUUGGGGCCCACUCUGCUCCCCGUUCCUGCUAGGGCCUGCCUAUGCCCCAGAGCAAGUGUGCCCUCUCCUGGGGUACAGGGAGCCCAGACCUGUCUGAGGCCAUAAGCAUUGGGGGUCAGCUAAAAGGGUGGGGAGUAGGGGACGGCUUGGGCUCUCAUGGUCCAGUGACAGUGAUGAUAGUGAUGUUCAGGGUGUCGUGGUGGGAGGAGGUCUGUCUGCACUGUGGGCCCUGCCCCACCCCCCCUCCCAAUCAGGCCCCUGAUGUAAGGGGCCCUAACCCUCAGCCAUCCCCCUGGGGCUCUUUCAGCUCUUGCUCCAUUCUGUUUCCUUUCUAGCUCAUUUUCUAUGGGGGGCAGUCAGGGGAGGGGGGUUGGGGGAGGAGGCUGGGUAGGGAGGAGGCCUAAGGGGGAGUUUUUAGACCCAGCAGGCCCUGCUGUAUUAUGUAUAUAUUUUUCAAGGUCUUUUUUUAACUGAAAAGCUAAAGGCUUGAUUCCUAGCCCCGUUCUGUGGGGCACUGGGUGAUUUCAGUACCUUGUAACCUGGCUGCCACAGGGGCUUGGGGCACUGCUUCUAGCCGUGUGGCUGGUUCCAGCCUGUGGGAAGGGGGCAGAAGGGGCCGCUGUGCAGGCAGGUGCCCUUAGGAGCAAGAGCAGGGCUGGGCCCUGAAUGGGCUCCCGAGGAUGGAGCUAGAGUGCAGGCGAGGCCCCAACCACCUGUGGUCCUCCAGUACUGGCUCCUGCACAGCACCUGCCCCCAGACGACCAGGUUUUGUUUUGCGCUCUCCUGUCACAAAUGCUGCACUAUUGGUUCCUAAUUUUUUAUCUCCCGAUUCUAAUUUAUGCCUAUGCAAAAAAUAAAUUAUGCCCAGGAUUAA